AUGUCUUCGUCAGAUGCUCUCGCAAAGUCUUUCUCUGUUUCUCACUCUGGAUUAUUUGGAGUUGACGAGAAAUCAAUACUGGAGAUCUUAGUAAAAUGGCAACCAGAACACUUGUCAACUUUUAGGAAUGAAACUUCUAGCAUCUUUUUGAAGGAUGAACGCUUCUCAUUUGAGAAAUGUGAAGAAAUUCUUCUUAAAUUUCUAAAAAGGGAAUUUAAGCGUUUUAAGGAUGUUGUGGUGCAAUGGACCAUGCAUCCUUGGGAAAGAGAUGCUCUCAAGGCAAGAAAGGCUUUGAAAAGAGGCAAUCAAGCAUAUGGCCUACUCAUUGAACUUGCAUGUACUAGAUCAUCAGACGAGCUCUUGGGAGCUAGGAGAGCAUACCAGUCCCUCUACAGUGAAUCCAUCGAGGAAGACGUUGCUUGCCGAGUUGAAGGCAUCCAACGCCAGUUUUUGGUAGCACUUGUAAGUUCGUACAGAUAUGAAGGAUCACGAAUGAAUGAUGUGGCAAUUGAAUCAGAUGCUCAGAAACUUAAUAAAGCCAUUAGAAAUGGUGAUAAGACGAUGUUAAUCAAAGAUGAAGAGAUUGUAAGGAUUCUAACAACAAGAAGCAAGCCUCAUCUCGAGGCGGUCUUCAAAUGUUACUAUGAUGAUUUCGGCAAGGACAUUGCAGAGGAUCUCGGUGAGGAAUCAGGUUUGAAGGACACAAUUUAUUGCUUGUGUGCUCCUCCAACGUAUUUCAGUAAGGACAUUGCUGAGGAAUAUAAUAAGCAAUAUGGAACUCCUCUAGCCAAGAAGAUUGAAGAUGUAGCUCUUGGAAAUUAUAAAGAUUUCUUAGUCACGUUGGUCCAAAGAGCUCUAGCUAAAGGAAGUGAAUAA